CUCGGUGGUGUGUCCGUUUGACCAGAAGAAAAUAUAGAGACGACCAAGUGAGCUCAGACGGCGAACCAUACUCCGGCGACCGCCGUAGUUCUCAAACAUGCCGGGGCCGGGACCGCACAUGAUGUACACACUGGGAACAGGGCAGGCUCUGAUGAGCAUAUCCAACGCCCGGUUCAGCCCUCACCACUGCCUUACCUACUCCAUCAAUGCUUUCUUCGGGCCGGACAUCGGGUCCUUCACCGAGUGGCUGGCCUCUACUCUAGGGCUGGGCAGGGUGUUGGGCUCAUCGGUUGAGUCAUGGAUCCACGACCCUUUCUACUACAUCCUCAUUCUUGGCUUCCCAUUCUCUCUGCUCUAUAGCUGGGUCUCCAAGUUGCUCCUCCGCAAAGGUUUUCUUGAUUCCAUUUCUGGGGUGCCUCUUACAAAGAGGCAGUGCUUUCUGUUGGUGGCAGCGGGUUCUCUAUCACAUUUUUUCUUGGAUCAUUUGUUUGAGGAAAAUGGGCAUUCUUCCAUGUAUACUUGGAUAUUGAGCACAGGUUGGUGGAAAGGGCGAGCUCCAAUCAAUCCCGAUGCUGUUGUAGUAAUAAGCCUUUUGUGCACAUUCCUGCUUGGUGGCUUUGUAUACAUUAACAGAGUAAAGCCUCUAAAAGCGCUGAAGAAAAAAUCAUAUCAAUCAGCGAGACUGAUCUUGGUAGUUGCAAGUUUGUAUUGUUUAUGGUGUGCAAGCCAAAUAUAUUUGGUUAGCCCUCGACGGCCAGCAGUUGGUGAAGAAGCUGAUUUGGGUGUUCUUGUGUUUCUUGCUGUAUAUUUUUUUAUUCCUCACUGGCUUUGUGUUCUCUCCAUGAACUCAGUUGAUUCCCAUGGCACAGAAGUACUGCUACUUUAACAAUCAUUCAAAAUUAGUUUACAAACCAAUUACCUAUAUUGGUUUCUAAGCUCAUACUGUGUUGUCUAUUUCUCCUAAUGAUUUUGGAUUAUUAGAGAAACCAUCAUGGCUUUAUGAGAAGUUCAUUCACUCUCUACUUGAUUCCUUUA